AUGGAAUGUCGCGAUGGUGUCAAUCGACUCUAUACACCUUGGUCGAACAAAGUUGUGACGCGUCGAAUAUACGGAUAUGCAACCUUAGCGUCAACGACCCGUUCAAUCCGUCGACAUCACGCUAAAGAACGGCACUCGGAAUGUUCAGAAGCUAAAAUUCCUCAAGCUUCUCACAGACGCUUGGAACAACGCGUCCUUGGGCCUUCUUCUCAAGGUCAGAGGCCUGGCGUCCGUAAUACACGCUUUGGUGCACCUGCUUCAACAUUACCAAAAGCCGACUUGCUUGCCGCCUCCUCUGUGUCUACGCCGACGCCAAACCAUCCGAAAUCUGCAUCAGAAAUUCGUCCCUCCUUGUCAAAUAUAUCCAAAUCUCCCUCCAACGCUCGUAUCUGUAAAACCACCCAUCACACCAUUUCCGCAAUUGAAGGACUGCUGACUCCUAACACUCCUGCAAAGAAAUUAUCGACCCGUCUACUCACUUCCCUAUAUGAGGAUGCCUCGAAACAAUUGGGUGUCCGUUUCUUAGGAUCAGAACGGUUGUCGGCCAUUUUAAGCCUAUGUGGAUCACUUGCUUCCAGCCCUCACCCGACGCUAUAUUUUAAUAUUCUUGCUUCACGGUAUCAUUCAGACUUGCCCAAAGCACAGUUAUGGUCUUUUGUUGCCAAUGUAGGGGCCGACAAAGCGAAGUCAGGUUUUGAGCUCACAGUGGAAGAUCGGUAUUGGGUUAUGCAGGCGCAUCUGGCAAAGGCUCGAGUUGCAGCGAAGAACCGCCUGAAACCAUAUUUGGAUAACUUGCGCCUUCAGUAUGAACAACUCCAGAACGCGAGUGAUGCACCUGAAGCUCACCUACCUUAUCUUCGGCUCUUGGUGUCUACGCGCAACGUCACUGAGGCGAUUCAACACCUCUGCCGUGUUUUACAACGGGUUGAGCAUCCUGACCCUCAGUUCCCCCAGUUUCUUUGGGAUGUUAUCCUUAUGCAUGGUGCUGACAUUUCUAUCACCUCAAAAGAGCUCAUCUGCUCGACUGUCUCCCAUCGCAUCAAUGCGAUCUCGAGCCACUGGGUACCACGUUCAUCUGGCAUUUUAACAACACCCCCAUUGAUCGCGGGUGUUGCUAGCCAAGGCGCCAUUGGAAUUCCUCAUAUGACGGCGGCGCUUGCUGCUGCGUUGUUUCCUUGCUACAAUUACUCGGGUCAUUUUCUAUACCACUGGGCAAUUCAACAGGCUGGCCAAGCAUUUGCUUCUCACCUUCCUAUAGAAGAUCGAUGGAACAAUAUCCUCCUACUAGCAACAGCGAUUCAUCCAAAGAUGCGGCCGGCUUCGUAUUCAUCUGCGACUACAGUUCCACUUAAUUCUGGAAACAUACUAUGGAGGACGGCUUUAGCAUUGGAGAACAUGAACAGAAGUUUUCCAAUUACCGGAUCUGAUUAUGGGUCGUUGUGCGCAAAGGUACAGGCGAUCACAAGACCUCUUUGGACAAGUUACUCGAGCAUCAAGAAAGGGAUGCAGCAUGUGGACAUCACUCGCGCAUAUAUUUCAGCAUUUCUCCAGGUUGCUGAGAGAUCAUUCGACGAACAGCUAAAAGGAGAGUGCUAUCGUUUUUCGAAGGAGUCAAAUCUCUGGACCUUCAGCCAGAACGACGAUCGGCCUACAAAGGCACAAGCUAUCGACUUAAUAGUGGCCUAUGCAAAGGCGCAUAUAUCUUGUAAAGGGCGCGAUUGGGUGGGGUGUUUCUCUGCAAUCUCUGCUUUGGUACCUAAUUUGGCCUGGCAAGAAGAGGUUACGACUCAGCUCAUACAACAGUACUCUCAACGCAAGGUGGAAAUUGCUUAUGAUCUCUAUGUGCAGUGCUUGGAGGUUGGAAUCCCCAUACGACCUGAAGCGGUCAACAACCUUUUCGUGGGACUUGUCAAAGGUCAUCGCUGGGAUAUCAUCACCCUGUUCUUGAAACAUUCGUCGACUACCCAUCAUCAACGACAAUUUCUUUUUGGUGAAAGUUUGCGUGUAUUUCAAGUGGAAAGGUAUCGAUAUGUUGACACGGAAUUCAUGAAGCUAUUGGCCCAGACUUCUCUUAAGUUAUUUGAACAUCAGUCACCUCCACGAUCGCUCAAAUAUCCGAUACGUUAUUUUCUGUCCAUGAUGAUCUGGUCACGCCUUGGCUGGGACAUGGUCAAACUCGUCGAACUUCUUCACCGCCAGGUCCCAGAUUUCUUCACGCAGAAUUUGUUGCGUGCUUUAAUCGUUCAGCUGGUUCGCCACCGUCAAUCUUCACAGGCACUCCAGUUAUUUCGCAUCUUUGAGCGUGGUUCAAACGAAGUUUCAUCUCAGUCUCUUGAGCGUAUACGACAUGCUCUUAUGUUCAAAUUAUUCAAGCAAGGUGCUUAUUCGAUGGCUCGGAAGGCGAUACGAGGUGAAACUCGGGCAGUUUCACUGACUAAACGUGAAGCUUUAGUUCGUCGUAGACUCUCCAUGCCGACACUUCCAGCCUCGUUCUAUCAACGCGUGCGAAAGGUAGCUCUUAAUGCUCUUGCCGAAGGUUCAACAGUCAAGGAGGCCGUUUCAAUGCUGGUAAAUGGUAACCGGCUACUUACUGCAAGGAAGCUAUACGCCAAAUGUCGUUCAACACUGGACGUCAAGAUUCGUACGACGAUUGGCAAUAUGAUUAUUCACGGCGCACUCCAAAACUCUGGAUUUCGAAAUGCUCGCCUGGUCCGUCGCGUCGUCCGCAUGAAAGACCUCUUCAUUAAACAGUACGGGUUUGUGCCCGACCGGGCGACCCUAAACAUCAUUGUCAAAGCUAUUCUGAAUUGGAGGACGAUCCUGGACGCUCCGAAAGUGCGACGUCUAUUCGAUACCAUGGUACAUGGAGGUUAUCCCGUUCCAGAACAAUUCCGGCAAGAAAAUGGGGUGCCGUUUGGCUCGCCCAAAAGACCGUUCAAUUCCUUGCCUCUUGCGUCGCUUCCUGCAGGAUACUCUUUCGCCAAGCAUAUCAGGCCCAUGUACAAGAUGUUUAUCAAAGCAUUUUAUGUGCGGAAAGAUGUGACGGCUGCGAAGACGGUUGUUGGCAUUUUAAAGGAGGUGGAGGCUGCAUCGCUGAGGGAGUUGGAAAAGCGGGAUAAAGCUAGGCGAGAUGGAAUCAUUAAAAAGAAGCUUAGGUUACGAAGGGAGGUUGAAGUUGCGCGGAAGGACGUGAAAUAA